AUGAGCUACGUGUUGGCUCCCCUCUGCCUGCUGACCCUGCUGCUGCCACCCUUCAGCCCAGGGGCUCCAAUCUCCCCAGCUGAGCCCAUCAGACAAGCUUAUAGUCUGGCCCUCUACAUGCAGAAGAACACAUCAAGCCUGCUGCAGACUUAUCUCCAGUACCAGGGCAGCCCCUUCAGUGACCCUGGCUUCUCCGCUCCCGAGCUUCAGCUCAGCAGUCUGCCUCCUGCAGCCAUCUCCUUCAAGACCUGGCACGCCCUGGAAGACGGAGAGCGGCUGGGCCGUGCCCAGGGGGCCUUCCUGGCCUUGAGCCAGCACCUCCAGCUUGUUGGGGAUGACCAGCUCGACUUGAAUCCUGGCAGUUCCAUCCUGCUGGCCCAGCUUGCCGCUGCAAGGCUCAGAGCCCAGGGUCUGCUGGGCAAUACGGCUGCCAUUAUGACCGCUCUGGGACUGCCCAUACCCCCAGAAGAAGACACCCUUGGGCUUGUCCCAUUUGGGGCCUCAGCCUUUGAGAGGAAGUGCCGGGGCUAUGUGGUGACCCGGGAAUAUGGCCACUGGACAGACCGAGCUGUGAGGGACUUGGCUCUGCUCAAGGCCAAAUAUCCCAUAUAG